AUGCCUCAGGUUCAACAAUCGAGACUUAAGGAGGUUUCUCGCGACAGUACCCCCAAAAACAAGGUUGAAGAGGGCAGUCAACCUAUCGAGUCACCCAUUAAGAUAACUUCGGAAGGAAAAUUAUAUGUCGAAGCUGCCGAAGAAGAUUUUGUCCCCUAUCCCGAAGACGAUACUGAUCGACUCGUCAUUGUAGGAGGCAACAGAGGUACAAGUGGAGCAAUAGUGCCCAAAGGGCAAGGGUAUCGAGGAAACCUUUCCCUUAGGGUCGAAAUUGCUGGAGCCGUUCUCCUGGACCAUGGACCUGAAGAGACCAGAUCUCAAUCAAUAGUCGGAUCUCCAAUAAACUCCGACGCUAGGAGGGGAAGCCCAAUUGGCUCCACAAGAGAAGGAGGCUCUUUUAACGAAGCUUGCUCCUGGGGGUUCGUCGUCUCGAGACCCGGCGGUGGUUUUGCUGAUGUACGUGGAAGGCCGCCCGAACUCCCCGUUGGGCCAAGUCGCGGUGCUGAAGGAGCUGCGUGA